GCGGGAGGGUCCCCCAGAGUUUGAUUUCCCUGAGGUGAUCAAUUUUUUUUUUUUCUGCUGGGCUUUCUGCUUUCUCUUGGCGCUGUUUCGCUAGCUCCAGCCUGCUACGCGCCACAACAUCCGACCAUGAUGCGAUGCCGUGCCUGGGCAAGGUGACUCAAGGGCCAGCCGGAGUCGGGGCGCUCGCCUGUGGGCAGAUUGGCCCUCAACUGACGCCAAAAUGGUGGGCUGUUUUUCGCCCCUUGGGCAGGCAUGGGAUGGACGACGGGAGCAGAAACGAGCAAGAUUGAAAAUUUUUCGACUGCACGGAUUAUCGUGUUGCAUGGAGGCCAAUCUCUACCAAGUAUGGUGACGGAAGCUCAAUGCCCCAGGGGUGCCAUCUGUGUCACCGGGACAGUCGCUGUAUGAAGCGUGAGCACAGAUGGGCCAUUACGUUCACUACGGGGGAGCGGUAGAGGGGCCAAUGAGCCCAUCUCCAGCCUGCCCCUCCUUCUGUGCCACGGCCGACCCCUCUGUAGCUCGCUGUAAACUGUACCCAGGCCCUUCUGGCUUUCUGCACAGCGCUGGAAACAGAAGGGGCUACAGACGCUGUGCGACGCAGCCUGAGUCGUCAACAAACUCAAUUGCAUGCAUGUCACUGCGGUUGUGC